GGCUCAUCUUUCUGUAUCCUCUCUCUUGCGUAAGAUACCAAGGCCAGCUGUGGAGCGAUGUCCUACUCCUGGCGCCUCAGCUCUGGAGGCGCGAGUGGAAGCCGAGCGAGCAGCGAGCAGCCUGCGCUCGGAUCCACGGCCGUCGACACGCCUCCGACUCCUCCGUCGGUGCGCAAUGUGACGCCAUCGACGUGCCUCUCCAUCGUCCAGUUCCGCGCCCUCAUGCAGGAGUACCGCUCGCUGGACGACAGCAUCACGACGCGCAUGAACCGCGCGCUGGCCAAAUCGCGCGCCACGGGCGAGACGUCGUCGCCCUCGCUCCUCUCCGCCCAUGCCACAUCGUCGAACCCAACGACGAGCGACCUGGGCCGGUCGACGUAUGGCACGGCUACGCAGGGCGAGUGCGCCCGGUUCUGGAGGGAGCUCGUCGACGUUUGGACGGGCAGGGAUGAGGUGCUCAAUUACUGCCUCGCCGUCGCGGCGCAGGCUCAGGGUGCCGCCGCUGCUAGUCCGGCAGAGCGGUUGGGACUGCAGAGAGGCAACGGUGACGAGAAGAGGCUCCUCGACGCUGACCUGCCGAGGGACGUCAGGGGCGCGCUGGAUGCCGUCGGGCAGCGGCAGCAGCGGGGGGCAAAGGCAGACGACUUUGAUUCGAGGGACUCACGGAGCGAAAAGAGCCAAGACCUUGUCAAGAGACAAUUGAGAAACGAGGUGUCAAUAGAGGCAAUCAUAAGAAAGCGGUCCUUAGAAGUCCUCAAAUCUCGCUGCCGGUUCUUCCAGCCUGCUUUCACCAACGACGACAGGGGCAGACGGGAGCAGACUCUGUGGGAGCAACAAUGA